ACACUACACAGACCCUCGUCUCGUGAAGAAAUGGACGUUAAUCCUUUUAUCUGCACUUUAUGAGUGUAACCGUCCGACUUGCGCGCUUGCGAACUUGUCUUUAGCGCCUACAGUGGAAAAACACUAAAUUACACCUUAUUAAUAGCUUUGCAACUAUAACUUGCAGUCUAUCCUCAAGCUUAUACAGUACUGUAGCUUCAAUCCCAAUAUUUUACGACAAAACUGUUGACCACUAUACACCAGUACGUCUCGUUGCAUGUCAGAUGCUACAUGAAUUGCGUCUGACAUACGUGAUUUCUUGCAGGUUUCUGUGUCCUCACAAGUCACGGUACCCAAUUUAUACUAUUCACCAGUAGUCCCACCUCGACGAUCUUUGGAACCAGAAUACCGAAGGGGUUCUACUAGCCUCUACCCGUUGUGGUCCGACGUUACGGCGAAAUCGCCAGGAAGGCACUCCUACUCGAGGCGCCUGGAUCGGGGUUUUCUUUCUCUUGACCGGUACACCAGUACUUACUAACUCACUCGCUUCAACGUCCGCCUUUCUCUCUGAAACCAUGAAGUCAUCUACGAUGCACCCCAAAGCCAGCAUCCUGAACAUUCCCCUGGAACUCUUAAUCGAGAUCCUGAAAUGCUUGGAUUAUCGAACUGUAUUAAAUUGCUCGCAGGUUUGCAAAGAGUUCCAUCAAAUCAUCAAGGAUUCCCUCGAAUUACAGUACAAGAUUGAACUCGAAGCAGAUGGUAUGAUUGACGGCCCUAGGACGGUCGGAUCAUGGUCCACUUCUGAACGCCUGCAAUUGCUUCUUGAUCGACGUGCACGAUGGAGGACCCUUGAUUGGACUCGGAUUGUUACGCUACCACUUGUUGGUUUUUGUCAUGCCUAUGAACUUGUGGGCGGUGUGUUUGCGAAGACCAUGGGUGUAGGAGAUAAUGUGGGUGCUAGACACCUUACUGUUGCCUCGUUGCCUACGAGGUACGAUGAUGGCGAUAUGCGUAUACUGGAGGACUUGGGUGUUACUUCGAGGGACUUUGCGAUCGAUCCUUCGCAGGAUCUCAUCACUCUGGUGGAUAUUGACGACUCAAUACCGGUCAACGUUCGAGUUACGCUACAUUUACGCACGAUCAGCACCAAUACCGCACACAAGCAAGCAUCUAAGCCCGCCCUUGAAUGUCGCGCUCCGGGACGCAUCACAAGCUGUUUCAUCCAAAUCGUCGACGACAUUGUUGGCAUGUUCUUCUGGUUGCAAGGGCCCACCCUAAUGAUCUGGAACUGGCGCACAGGCAGACUCGUCGUGCACUGCGUUGCAGACUAUAACGAGGGAGGCCAACAUCCACGACCGCAUGAGCGCGCUCUCCCCCAACUCCCUCAAGAAACAUGGGACUUUGCUUUCCUCUCAAGCAGAGCAUUCUUGCUGAACAGCAUACACGGCAGGGGGUUCGUUCACCUGUUUUCGUUCGAUGGUAAUGGCGACCCUGAGAUCCCUCCGACACUACAUGCCACUCUCACUAUGCCUGCCCUCGAGCCGCCCAAUACCGUACAUCACUUUGCUACUCACUCGGCCCCGUUCUUGGGCGGUGAUAGUAGUAUGGGCAAACCUUUCACGACAGACGAGAGUAGUAGGAUCUACAUGAUGACGAUAACAUAUGGACAACGCGCUCGGUUCCAUCUAUUCGUGAAGAGCGAAUUCUUGAUGAGCUUCUUUCCCUCGAAGCCCAGUGAUGCCAAAAAGGGACGACCUCCGAUGAUUGAUUGGAAGGACUGGGGACCGACGAAGACGAGAUUCAUUGAGAACGACAUACAUUACCAGUGGCUGAGAUACGUACAUGGACACCGUGCCGUUAUGCCACCCAUUCCCCGUCCAAUGAGCAGCUGGCCAAUAUCGCAUCACCGUCUUUGCGUCUUUGAUUUCAAAGUCCACCCCACACGGCUUCAUGACCCAUGCAAAGCCCCAAGCUCUAAACGCGCAAGAUAUCACAUAGUUACCAUUCCGACGCUCAUCGAGAGAAAGGAGCUGUUCAAGGAACGCGUAGAAACAAGACUACCGUAUAGUGUGUCAUCCUUGGAGGACAAGUUUAAUUAUUCCGGCUUUAUGAUUGAUGAGGAGAGAUUGAUUGGGAUGAAGUCGUCGUCAUCGUUAGGAGAGGGAGACCUAAGCAAAAUCGACAUCUUUACUUUCUGAUUUUCGCCGCCUCGACUCGGCGCACACUUUGCUUUACUCCUUGCGAUACUUUGGAAUUCCAGACUUUGUCCACCCGGGGCGAUGAAUCUAUCAGCGACAACGCUGAAUGGAAUCUUCAUCUAGUUGUCUGUAUUCCUCGGUGAUCUUUCUGACUACACAGGUUACACCAGUUGACUGCGCCAGUCGGAACGGGGAGUGUUCGGGCAGUGGACGAUGAAGAUAUGUUGGGUAAAGCUUUCGUGGGUAGGAACUGUAUUAUAAACACCAUAGAACACAUUGUCUAUGGCUCUCUAGCAGACUUUCGAGUGAUACUGGCAGUGGGUUUUCCAUGCCGAUUUUCAACGCAG